CUGGCAUUGUCUCUGCCAGCAAAACGAGGGAAACAGUUGGCCAGACAGUCCAAGCGGAACUCGCUUUAAGAUUGCCUCGUUCUUAUUGGUCCCAGUCCCAGACACCCACACCAACAACACGUACACUUGAUUGAGCGAUGGGCACACGAUAAGAUACCAAAUACACAAACACAGUGCACGAUAUGCAGCGAAAACAGCCGGCGAAUAAGAAAACUUCAAGGCACACACACACACACAUCCACACACGCACACUUUUACAAUUAGAAAGAGUCGGCAACAUGGGCAUACCACCACCACGACAACAGCUACUGUAAGAAAACUCACACCAUUAAAGUUUCAAGAGAAGAUGUGGAGGCGAACCGUUUGAACCACUACAAAGGCAAAUUGACAACAAAUUCGCCGCAGAAACUUAAGCCAGAGAGCAAGAGGCAGCCAGCCACAAAACGAAGACGAAUACGAAAACGAAGCCGAGACCGAAGUUGUGCAUUGUUGUGGCCAUCGUUUCUUUCCCCUGCCCAACGAGGUCGUCAUCGUUGCCUAACUGUGACGUCACGCCUCAAGAAACGCUCAAGGAAAUACAACGACCUUCAAACGCUUGAAUCGCAACAGGGCAAGAAGCGGCAAAGAAUGAGCGUGUAAUGGGCAUAAACGACGAUGAGCAUAAGAAGAGCCACGCUCGCUCGCACGCUCACUCUCUCGCACUCUCCGAGCGCAUCUGUAUCGUGCAGUUCUUUAAGAUACUCUCUCUCCGUCUCAGACCUGUAUCGCUAUGUGCGAUGGAUCUGGAACUGGGCCUGGGUCUGGGUCUGGGCACUGGCACUUUAGUUGUGCGUUCAGUACAACGACGCGCUUUGUAUCUUGUAGUUCGUCGCGCAGAGUCAGAGAUAAAUUUUGGAUUUUGCUCGCGACUCAUAUGUGUGUGGAUUAACUCUAAUUUGUUUUUGAUUGCUGCCCGGGGAACGGGAACGGGAACGGGAACGGCAACGGGUACGGGUGCGGAAUCGGGCACGGGGCAACGGAACGAAACGCAACGCAGCUGCUGACACAUUCAAGUUGUAAACGCUGAGCGAUAAACCAAGUGGAAAUUCAUGUGACACCAACAAGAACGGCACACGAUCAGAAUCAGCAACGUCAUCGGGAGGGAAGGGAGAGCAAAGACGAGGGCCAUAAAAGGCUCGUGGCACAUGAGGCAUUAGGCCAUCGCCUCUAACUUCGAUAGCAAGUACUGGGGGUUGUUGAAUUCAUAAAGAAGUUGCAUGCGGUGGGCAACUGAGGGGCGAGACAAAGCGAUCCUGUCGAGGACGAGCCCUGCUUAUCAGCCAUGCGUUGCCAGCACCGCCAGCUGAAUGCUGAGGGUUGAGGCUCUUAUCUUAAAGCUAACCGGGCCAGGAGGAGGGUGCACGAAAAAAGAGCAGAUGUUCGGAGUGAAAACCCAAUCGAGCUGACGAGUCCACACUUUGCGCCUUGAGGGUCGCUGAGGGAGUCGAGGAAUUAUUUACAUUUGCCAUUUGCCGCAAAGGACGCGUGUGUGGCAUGCGCCGAACUGGCAGCCAGAAGCCAUAUUCCACCAAAAAGCAAACGCCAUUUGGCUAUUUUAGGAACCGAUCUCUUUAGCUUUCAGUUUCGUGUUUGAAGCUCUACAAAAUUUGUUAGUUUAGAAUGUCGGCGGAUAAACAUUUAGAAAUUGUAGAAUUCAGCUUGGCAGAUGAGAGUGCGGCAAAAAUAAAAGCAGCAGCGGCAGCAGCAGACGAGAAAGCGCCAAAAACUUUUAAAACAUCAGAGAAAGAGAACUGUAAUAGACAAUCCCCGACAGCUGCUACUGCCACUGCAACAGCGGCUGCAUCAGUAACAGCGACAGCAAGUGCAACGCCAGCGAACUGCUGCUCGAGUCAAGCUCCCAAGGCGGAACAGGCCACGCCCACAAGCAGCGCCGCAGCCACGGUUCGUCUGGGCAGCCAAGCAGCCGGCCAGGAUGCGACCGAUGGCAUGGGCAAUGGUACGGAGCUCAAGUUUCAGUCGUAUGUGAAUGGCAACGGCAACGGUGUUUACAAGAUCAUCAAGACAUUGGGCAAGGGCAAUUUUGCUAAGGUGAAGCUGGCCCUCCAUGUGCCCACUGGCCGUGAGGUGGCCAUCAAGGUGAUAGACAAGACGCAGCUGAACACCAGCGCCAGACAGAAACUGUACCGUGAGGUGCGCAUCAUGAAGCUGUUAAAUCAUCCGAACAUUGUCCGGCUAUUCCAGGUGAUCGAGUCGGAGCGCACGCUCUAUCUGAUCAUGGAAUACGCCAGUCGCGGCGAGCUAUUCGAUCAUCUGGUCAAGAACGGACGCAUGCGGGAGCGAGACGCUCGUAUCAUCUUCCGGCAGCUGGUGUCGGCCAUUCAGUAUUGCCACAGCAAGUUUGUGGUGCAUCGCGAUUUGAAGGCCGAGAAUCUGCUGCUCGAUCAGCACAUGAAUAUCAAGAUUGCGGACUUUGGAUUUGGCAACACGUUCGAUCCGAAUGCCCAGCUGGAAACGUUUUGUGGCAGCCCGCCGUAUGCCGCACCGGAGCUGUUUAUGGGCCGGAAGUACGCCGGGCCCGAGGUGGAUGCCUGGUCACUGGGCGUGGUCCUCUAUACGCUGGUCAGCGGCUCGCUGCCCUUCGAUGGCGGCACACUAAAGGAGCUGCGGGAGCGUGUGCUGCGCGGCAAAUAUCGUGUGCCCUACUAUAUCUCAAUGGACUGUGAGAAUCUGAUGCGGAAAUUCCUCGUGCUCAAUCCCGCCAAGCGCACCUCAUUAAAUGGUGUCAUGGGCGAUAAGUGGAUCAACCUCGGGCACGAGGAAGCGGAUCGGCUGCGACCGUAUCGUGAAAAGCCCAUGGAGCUGCAGGAUGCAGUGCGACUGGAUCAGCUGGUCCACAUGGGCUACAAGCGUCGUGAUGUUGAGGUAUCCCUGAGGGGUCAGGCCUUUGAUGACAUUUACUGCACCUACAUGCUGCUGGGCGUGGCCAAACCACGCGGCUCCCGCCAGACCACGUCGGAGACAACCACUUCGGAUAGUUCCUCUUCCAGCGCCCUGCCCUUGGCCAGCUGUGUGCAGGUGACGCUGCCGCUCGAGAAAAGUCUUUCAGCCACAAAUCGUCCCCUGCCGCCGCGAGUAGCUAAUGCGCUGGCUGCGGCUAGCCCUGCACCGAACUCCAUCAUAAGUCCGCCCACCACCACCACCAACGCCGCAGCAGCAGCACCACCGCCCGCCAAGCCCACACGCCGCACGCCCGCUCGCAAGACAGCCUCCUCUAGCACCGGCAACAGCUCAACCACCACGCCCAGUCGGAAUCGGUCCCCGCAGACGCCGCAGAGCAAGCGUGCCAUCAGCUCCAGUGGUGCUGCCGGCGUUGAUGUCAAGCCCACGCUGCUCAGUGCCCAGCGGCAACUGGCCCAGGCCCAGAAGUUGGCCAACAGUCCGCAACGCUUCCACUAUCAGGGUUCCGGGCGGCGGCCCACAACGCUCUACGAGAAGGCUGAGCCCGCGACAGCAGCACCGACUGCGGCAGCGAGUCCCUUGCAGGCGCCUCGAUCGCCCAUGGAUGGGCGUCUGCUGGAACGGCUGCAUGUCAAUGCCCAAGCAACUGGUGCUUGUGCCGCUGGCCGUGCGACGCCCACGCCUACGCCCACGCCCCCACCAGAUAAGUCCGGCGACAAGCCCUUCACACGCAGCAAUGUGGCGCGCGCCACGUUUCACUUUGGUCAGGGGCGCAGUGGCAAGCAUGGGCGCGGCAACUCUGGCAACUGCGAUGAGGAUAGCUACCAUCAGGCGCCGCCACUCUCGGCGGACGAUACCAAGCCCGCCUCCCGCGUCGGCUUCUUUUCCAAGCUGACGGCGCGCUUUGGCCGACGUGUCAUCCAACUGAACGAGAAGGAUGUCGCCGAGCAGCGCAAGAACCUGACCAAGUAGCAUAGUAUUACUAUGUAUACAUAUAUAUAUAUAUAUAUGUAUGUAUAUGUAUAUGUGUAUAUAUAUGUGUAUAUAUAUUUUCAUAUAUCGUCCAUGUACGCCGAGAAACCCCAAAUGCAUGCCUCAAAAUGUCACCAAGUUGUUGGAAAGUACAAAAGAAAAACUAAAAAAAUAUAUAUAUAUAUAUACAUAUAUAUAUAUAUAUGAAAAACAAUACAAAAUAAGUAAACAAAGGAAAAUGAUAUGGAAUGAGAAGCAA